AUAUAUAUAAAUUCAAUUUUUACUCAUUAAUGAAAGUCAUUACACAACACAAUAUAGUUUAGUCUAAAAAUAAUAACCUGUUUUAUAAAAUUAAACAUCCAAACUGAAUGCAAAAUAGAAUACAAAUUUAAAUAGGAGGGGUAAAAAAGUGCUAACUUCCAUUGCAUUUUCAUGCAAAUGUGUAUCACCCCCGCAGCCCUCUCCAAUGCCAUCACCAAAAUGGGUUAAAUCUCAGAGACUGACAUACUUGGAUAUGAGUCUUGCCUUCCUCUGCGGUCACCGGUCUGCACGCUUAGUGUUAUAGCCACUGGAUCAAAUUUUCAUUAGUGUGGAUGCUGAAGCUCCACAAGGCUAAUCCAUGCCCAUUAGAUACACCUCACUUGCUAUAAUAAGACAGUGAUCUAACAGGGCAGAAAAGAAGGUCCACGCGGUGUGUCUGAUGUGGGCUCACAUAGCCGUUUCUACCUCAGAACGGAGCUCAUCAGUGGGACUGACAGCAAGGCAAAGACAAGAUUUUAAAUUGUUAGUUAAUCUAGAUCAUCAUCAUGCCUGUUCCACAUACUGAAGUAUCCAGGGAAAAAGAGGAACAGCAGCCUGGCUCGGACACAGAAAGAGCAUCUCUGAACCUGGGAAAGAAGAUCUGUGUUCCUCAGGAUCUAAUGAUGGAGGAGCUUAAACUGAGGUCCAACCGAGGAUCGAUAAUGUUUCAUGAGAGACUCAAAAGGGUCGAGAGGUUCACCUUGGAGAACAUUGCACAUGGGCAUCUUAAUUCUUUAGAGGAAAACCUUCUAGGCCAAAGUGCCACACAAGGAGAGCAAGGAAGUGAGCAAAUUGCCUCUGAAAUCUACAUCACCCAGCCUGGAAAGAACAGCCUGGUCACCACACUCAAGCAAACGGUGGCUAAAAAAGGAAACCCAAGCAUGCUUGCACCUGGUUAUGGUGGGCCUCUGAAAGAGGUUCCUCCAGAAAAGUUCAAUGUCACUGUGAUUCCCAAGUCUUACCAAUCGCCAUGGGAGAAAAAGCCCAUUGACCGUGAAACACUUCUGGCUACUCUCAAUGCCCACCUGCCUGAGCCACCUUACAAACUCACCCCAGCCAACUACAAAUGCUUUAACAGGUACUCAAUGAAGGGUUAGUUCAGGAAAAAAAAA